AUGGCUGCAGCCGCCUGCGGCACCAAGGCCAUGUCCCUGUUCAAGCGGACCUUGGUGCUGAGCCCCGCCGCGGCGCCCCGGGGUACGGGCGCGGGCUCCCCGCCGCGCGGCUGCCCCUUGCCUCCCGCCGCCUGGCCCUCCAAGGACUGGCCACGCGGAGAGGGUGCCUGCAGCCGGCUGCGUAGCCCGCCAGCGGCCAGCCUCCUGCCCCAUUCCCACUCCUGCUCCUCCUCGGCGUCCCCCACCACCACCGUGUGUCUCCUCUGCCCGCAGGACUCGCUCAGCAGCAGCUUGAAAACUUGCUACAAGUAUCUCAAUCAGACUAGUCGCAGUUUCGCAGCUGUCAUCGAGGCGCUGGAUGGGGAAAUGCGCCAUGCGGUAUGCAUAUUUUAUCUGGUCCUCCGAGCUCUGGACACCCUUGAAGAUGACAUGACCAUCAGUGUAGAGAAGAAGGUCCCACUGUUACACAACUUCCACUCUUACCUUUAUGAGCCAGACUGGCGGUACAUGGAGAGCAAGGAGAAGGAUCGACAAGUGCUAGAGGACUUCCCAACGAUCUCCCUCGAGUUUAGAAAUCUGGCUGAGAAAUAUCAAACAGUGAUUGCUGAGAUUUGCCGGAAAAUGGGAUUUGGGAUGGCGGAGUUUUUGGUUAAACAAGUGACGUCCGAACAGGAGUGGGACAAGUACUGUCACUAUGUCGCUGGGCUGGUGGGAAUUGGCCUUUCCCGUCUGUUCUCCGCCUCAGAGUUAGAGGACCCCCUGGUCGGUGAAGAUAUAGAGCGUGCCAAUUCUAUGGGCCUGUUUCUGCAGAAAACAAACAUCAUUCGUGAUUACCUGGAAGACCAACGAGAAGGAAGGGAGUUUUGGCCUCAAGAGGUUUGGGGCAAGUAUGUUAAGAAGUUGGGUGAUUUUGCAAAGCCACAGAAUAUUGACUCGGCCGUGCAGUGCCUGAACGAACUUAUAACCAACACACUGCACCACAUCCCAGAUGUCAUCACUUACCUUUCAAGACUUAGAAACCAAAGUGUGUUUAACUUCUGCGCUAUUCCACAGGUAAUGGCCAUUGCCACUUUGGCUGCCUGUUACAAUAACCAGCAGGUAUUCAAAGGCGUAGUGAAGAUCCGAAAAGGACAAGCAGUAACUCUAAUGAUGGACGCCACGAAUAUGCCGGCUGUCAAAGCUAUAAUAUACCAGUAUAUGGAAGAGAUUUAUCAUAGAAUCCCCAGCUCAGACCCAUCUUCUAGUAAAACAAGACAGAUCAUCUCCACCAUCAGGACACAGAAUCUUCCCAAUUGUCAGCUGAUCUCCCGAAGUCACUACUCCCCCAUAUACCUGUCAUUUGUCAUGCUCCUGGCUGCCCUGAGCUGGCAGUAUCUGAGCACCCUGUCCCAGGUCACAGAGGACUAUGUUCAGACUGGAGAGCACUGACUGGGGAAGAGUGGAAUGGAUUGACCUUUCCUUGAAGGAAGGAUGUUGGUUACCCGCCCCCUUAUUUCCCUCCUGCUCUGAUCCCUAAGAGAAUUCUGUGGACUUGGACCCUUAGAAACUGUGACCUGCAGUUGAGAAGAUGAGGAUAAACGGGAAGGAUACCUCCCGCUUGGCAAGCAGGCACUUGUGGAUGGGCUCAUGUCUGCGCACGGCGGCCACAGCAAAGCGCCCCUCGCUGCAGGGCCGGGCAAGUGGUUGCGUAUGCAGUUGCCUCGAGAUCUUGUUUAGCUGAGUCCUGGCUAGAAUUCUAAUGGAAUGUAUUUAAUUUGAAGCAACCUUGGAAUACGUGUCCUAAUAGAAAGUGAAUUUUCUCGGUUUGGUUCUGAUUUUUCUCCUCAUUUUGUUUUCUCUUCAGUUGAUUCGAAUGUGGCAGGUGUCAGUGUUUGUAGGUCUAGGUGGUGGUCCCAUGUUUCCCAUGAAUGCAGACUGUCUUCUGCACAUGAACGCUAAGGAUUCACUUCUGGGUGUUCUGGAAUUGUUUCCUCAUUUGAAAGGAGAUUAGCUUUCACAGAGAAACUGCAGGAUUGCCUUUGGGCCCACUGUAGAAGAUUGGCCUCCAAUUAAGGCUGACUUUUUGAGAAGACACCAUAUAUAAAGAUGUGUUUAUAAUAAAGAACUGAAUUACUUUGCAUUUGUCAAGGGCAGUUCACUUGAAAGCCUGGAUGCGCAUGGCAAACAGGAACCCAAGAGUUGGCGUUUAGUGGUCAAGGGCUGGGGUCCCGCUGCUGCCGCCGCAGAGCCAGCCGGAGCAGUGCCGAGAAAAAGGAUCCAGGGGCCCAGCCCCAGCCCCACUGUGCCCACUGGAGGUGAGCGAGUGGCAGCAUUGCCUCACUGCCCAGCCCGUAACCUGCAUUAACUCUGCCAGCCUGCUGUACAGUCGGCCAAGUCUCUUAGCUGCAGCAGAAAUUUGAUCAUGUCCAGGGGGCUUUUUGUGGUUCUUCUUAUUGUGGUUGUGGUGGUGGUUGUUUUUAAUCUCGUUUCUUUUUUUAAAAAAAUUGUGUUUAUACACUCAACAAACACAAAAGUGUUUUCAGGUGAUGGGCUCAAAGCCAAAUGUACUUAGCCUAAUUCUUCUAGCAUCGCUGUUUGCCUUCCUCUUUAUCUCCACACAGUGGGGUUUGUGAUGCGCUCUCACCCAGUGACUCACUGAGAAUCUCAGCCUGCACCAGGGAGGACAUGGCCCCUCUCUAGAGGUGUUUGAAAAAGCCUCUCAAGCUGAGCAGUCAGUGUUGUAGGGCAUUAAAGUGCUUUCUAGAAGCCAUUAAUGCUCUCAGUGUACACAGUAUAUAGUCUACUCUGAAGCUGCUGUCCCUUGUGGAUGGUGACUUCCUCGCCGAAGUUGAGGGUUUUCCCCAGCAAUAAUACUGGCCUCGCGUUGUUACACACAUACCCACACUGAGUUUUUGUCCUGUGACUGCUGCCACCUCCUGACACAAUGGCUUCAUUUUGGCCCGUGGAAGCUGCACUUGAUUGAUUUGUUUGAGGCUUAGUCCCGGACACACUUGUCACCACGCUGAAGGCAAAGCCAUUUGCCGCAUAGAGGACAGACAGCUGUUAGCCACACUUGACAGUAAUCUUCCAAGCAAUUUAAACAUCAGAACUUUGGCUUGAGAGUCCAGGGUAGGUUGUUAUAAAUUUGCGUGUUGAAAUAUCAGAUUAGUUCUGCUAAAUUCCCUGUAGAACACAGGACAACUUGGUGGAGAGUCUUGGUCUGAGGUGGAUGUACCGGAAGAUUUUCUCCUGGCUCAGUCAUGAUCUCUGCGACUUUCUGAGCUUCUGUAAGGUUUAGAUGAUCUCCUACGUACCCCCCAAUUGUAAAGCUAUGUAAUUUUUACUGUCACUGACUUGUGCAAAGGUCUUCAAAUACUUAGCAUCUCUGGCCGACAGUCUACUUGAUUUCUACUUGCAGUGCAGUAUUUUUAGCUUUUCCUCGGAGAAGUAUCUGACCCAUCUGAAUCUAAGGCUUGAAGUUUAAAAAACUCCAUUACAACAGACCCGAGCCAGGAGCCUGCUCUCCCCAUUUUGGGAGCUCCUAGAGCUGCAGGUAAAGCCUGCACACACGUGAGAGCCACCCCCCUUUGGGAAAGUGCUCGGAGCAAUUAACUGGAAGCCCCAUUCUAUCGGAACCAUUUCUCAGGGCCCUGGCAUGUGCAUUUGCUUUUGCACAGGGGAGGAGAGGGGGCUGGCCAUUUGUUAAUUAUUCUCCGCAGUCUUGGAAGCAGAGCUCUAUGGCUGUGGUUCUCAACUUCAGCAUCAAGAGUUACCUGACGGUCCCAGAUGGCUUAGGACCAUUUGUCUCUCAGGUCUGGGGAUGUACCCCAAAACUUGCAUGUUAAACAAGUUCUCAGGUGAUACAAGUACUGCUGCUUGGCUGGAGCUGUUUGAGAACCACUGCUCUACAGCCUUCUUUUUCUAACUUGAGUGAACAUAUUGAAUUAGGCAUCUUGUUAAAUUGCAAAUGCAGGCUGAGGUCUGGCCCAAAUCCUGCAUUUCUAACAAGUUAGGUGAUGGCCAUGCUUUUGAAGUGUAGCUAUCUGAUGCACACAAAGAGUGGAAAAGGUUCAACUAUGUGCUUAAUAAGUUCUAAGUCUAAACUAAAACCACGCCCCUCUCCAGGUAAUGAAUGAAAAGGCACGGUCACUUCCAUCUCACAGGGGGAUAGGCACCCCAGAAAAACAUGGCUCCAAUUGGACUGAGGUCACAGUAUGGCCAGUGAGGUAAUUUGAGGUUUAUAGAAGUAUUGACAUUGAUCCCAGUGCUAAAUAGACAUGGUUUUAUUUUUUAACAAAGACUCCUCAAGCUGAGCCUGAGGGUGCUUUGCAGUUCAUCUAGGUACUUCCUUUAGUGCAGCUCUUUUGCCUUCCAGGGGGAGGAUGGGCUGCAGGUGGGCACGUGGUGGACAGGAUGGAAAGGGGAUGAUUCAACUCCAUCUGGAGAGCAGGUCGAAUUUGUUAGAACUACAUUGAGGUUAUGAAUGACUUCUGAUUGCAAUUUUAAGAAUAAAGUGAUUACAAAA